GAAAGGUAAGUAUCGUUUCUUUAGGUUGCUCCGUUACUCACUCACCUCUCGAAUAUACACUUUAAGACACCAUGUCGCUUCACAAGCAAGAUGAAGCGUGGAAUGCUCACCAAAGAGACCCGGAGAAGUUCUGGAUGCACCAAGCAGAUCAAGUAGUAUGGAACAAGAAACCCACGACGGCAUUCAAGCGUACGACUAGAAAGCUCAAAGAUGGCGUUUCUCAUCAAAGCUGGCAAUGGUUUCCCGACGGCGAAAUCUCUACCUCGUACAAUUGCGUUACGCGACACGUCGAGGCUGGAAAUGGCAACAAUGUUGCGAUCAAGUGGGACAGUCCUGUCACAGGCAAGAAAGAGAGCAUCACAUACGCGAAGCUUGAGGAAGAAAUCAGCAUAUUGGCAGGUGCAUUGCGGGAAGAGGGCGUGAGGAAGGGAGAUACCGUCAUCAUCUACAUGCCAAUGAUACCGGCUGCCCUGAUCGGGAUGCUCGCAGUUGCACGACUAGGCGCGAUUCAUGCCGUAGUCUUUGGCGGCUUUUCAGCAUCAUCUUUGGCACAGAGAAUCGACGCUUCAAGACCGAAAGCUAUCCUUACAGCAAGUUGUGGUAUUGAAGGUGCGAAAGGUCCACUCCCAUAUGAGCCAAUGGUCCGAGGCGCUAUCAAGCAAUCGAAGCAUAAACCACUGAAGACCCUGAUUUGGCAAAGAGACGAGCAUAGGUGGAAUGAGACGAAUAGACUGGACGGAGAGCGUACUUGGCAGCGUGUUGUCAAGUCAGCACGAGAUCGAGGUGUGCGCGCUGAGAAUGUACCCGUGAAGAGCAACGACUCUCUCUACAUCAUUUAUACUUCUGGUACAACAGGGUCGCCGAAGGGAGUCGUCCGAGAAGUCGGAGGACACGCUGUCGGCUUAAACUUCACAGUACGAUACGUAUUCGGUAUUUGUGGUCCUGGCGAUACAUUGUUCACGGCAAGUGACAUUGGUUGGGUCGUCGGGCAUUGCUAUAUCGUCUAUGGACCUCUGCUCGCGGGUGCAACGACAAUUCUGUUCGAAGGCAAGCCGGUCGGAACGCCGUCUGCAGACACUUUUUGGAGGAUUUUAGAAGAGAACAAAGUCAACACCAUGUUCACCGCACCGACAGCACUGCGAGCAAUUCGUAAAGACGACCCAGAGAGCAAGUUCUUCAAAAAGCGCGGAGAAGCUGGCGGUCUCAAAAAUCUCCGAGCUUUGUUCUUGGCUGGAGAGCGCAGUGAACCUGCAAUCGUGACGAUGUACGAUGAGCUGGUUGGCAAGUACUGUGCUGAGAAUGCGACCGUGAUCGACAACUGGUGGUCUUCUGAGUCGGGGUCGCCAAUGACAUCGCUGUCUCUUUUACCUGGCACUGCCCUCGAUUUUAACGACCAACAAUAUUACAAACCGCUUCCAAUCAAGCCCGGAAGUGCUGGCAAGCCAGUACCAGGCUUUGAUGUGAGAAUCGUUGACGACGAAGGCAAGGAGCUCCCCAAGGAAAGUAUGGGCAAUAUUGUCCUUGCGAUGCCACUUUCACCCACUGGAUUGACCACACUAUGGGGCGAGGAAGAUAGGUUCUAUCGCAGCUACCUCAAGCGCUUCGACGGGCAAUGGAUUGAUACCGGUGAUGCUGGAAUGAUCGACGCUGAUGGUUAUGUGCAUGUCAUGUCUCGAGCAGACGACGUGAUCAACGUUGCUGCACACCGAUUGUCUACCGGCGCCAUCGAGCAGGCCAUUUCCUCCCACCCAGAUAUCACCGAAGCAGCAGUAGUUGGCAUGCCUGAUAGCAUGAAGGGUCACAUACCUUUCGCCUUCAUCGCCACCCAAAAUCCACCCGACGGUCUAUUGAAAGAUCUGAACGACAAGUUGCGACAUCACAUUGGACCUAUCGCGAGUUUAGGAGGCUUCAUCGCCGCACCCGGAGUAAUUCCAAAAACUCGCUCUGGCAAGACUUUGCGUCGCUGUCUGAAAGAGAUUGUCGAGAACGCUUUGAAUGGCGACUUUGACAAAGACGUUGUGUACCCAGCCACAAUUGAAGAUCCAAGCGUCAUUGGGAAAGCGAAAGAAGCGGCCAGGGAAUACUUCACGAAUGGCGAUGGUGCGAAGAUCAAAGCCAAGUUGUAGAAGCCGUGUUGGAGUUGUAUGUAAGUGUACGUUUCAUGUUUGCUGCGAUCAGCCACGGCUCAAGAGUGACGAGAUAAUGGAUUGUAUAGCAAGCAAAUGAAGUAAUCGAAU